AUGUUUGGAAUUAUCGUGUGUGGUGUUACGGUUUCCUUAAUAUCAUGGAUAUACCUUCGUUGGAGAAAUGUUAGAGAGUAUUGGGCAAGGCGUGGUGUGCCUCACUCACCACCUCAUCCCCUGAUGGGCAGUCUUACAUUCUUGCAGCAAAAGAAUCCGGCCCUAUGGAUGAUUGAUAUAUAUAAACAAUUUAAGAAACCAUACGUAGGAAUAUGGUUAUUCUGGAGACCAGCUCUAAUAAUUAAUUCCCCAGAAAUAGGAAGAAAUAUACUCGUCAAGGACUUCGACAAUUUCAGGAACAGAUUCAUAAAACCGGGUUCUUUCGAUCCUUUUAAAAAUAGUUUGUUUACUGCAAAUGAUCCCAAGUGGUCAUCAAUACGUCGUGGUUUGACAUCGGUAUUUACGUCUUCAAAGCUGAAGGCAAUGCAAGGCCUCUUCGACCAAAAAGCAAAUGAUUUAAUACAAAGAAUAAAAAGCACUAAAGAUACAAGCAAACUGGAAAUAAGGUCCUUGUUGACAGAUUACACAACAGAUGUGGUUGCAACCGCUUCGUUUGGUGUGGAAACUACCGCUACCCUCACAGGAGAAGACCCUAUCAGAACUGUGUCCAAGACCCUAAUGACCUUCGACUGGUACAAAGGAUUAUGUUGGAGUACUGUAUUUUUUUUUCCGAAAUUGGCGGAAUGGUUUAGAUUUCCCAUAUUUCCUGUAUCAUCGACACAGUUCUUUAAGAAAGUAUUUGAAACUGUUUCAAAGCAAAGAAGAGACAAUGGAAUAAAGGACAUAAAAGAUUUACUUGACGCUUUACUUAAGCUUAAGGACGAUGAUAUAGAAAAUCAACAAGGGAUCACUGAUGCUGAUAUUUGGGCCCAGGCUGUGAUAUUUCUAUUUGCAGGUUUUGAAACAUCAAGUUCUGUUUUGACUUUCAUGCUGUAUGAAUUAACAUUCCGCCCAGACCUACAGGAGAAAAUGUAUGAAGAGCUAAUAGAAGCGAAGAAUAGUCAAAACGGUUCCUUGGACCUUACUAUACAAGCUGAAUUGAAGUAUUUAAACGGUGUUUUUAAAGAAGCGUUACGCAUGUAUCCUCCCAUGGGUUGGCUUGACAGAGAGACAUUACAUGACUACAAGGUUGACGAGAACCUUACCAUACCCGCGGGAACGCCGAUUUAUGUCAACGGAAUUGGAAUGCAGUACGACAGCGACAUUUAUCCGGACCCUGAGACCUUUAACCCCGAAAGGUUUUUUCCCGAGAAUGAGAAAAACCUGAAGCCAUUCACUUUUAUGCCAUUUGGAGAGGGGCCAAGAAGCUGUAUAGCCAAGAGGUUCGGUCAGAUAUCAGUGAGAAACGCUAUGUCAUACUUAGUACUAAAUUUCAAGUUUAAACCACUGCCGGGAGCACCGAAGCCUUCAGAAGUGAAAUAUGAAACUAGACAUCUCUUUAUGGUACCUGGAGAGAGACUUUUUAUCGAUUUUGAACCAAGAAAUGUAUCUUUCGGUUUAUAA